UUCGGCUCAAAGACGCCCGCGACGCUUGCGACACUCGGCGAGCGCUUGUAGCUGUUGCGAGGUCGAGCUGGAUGCGCCCCAGAUCCUGCUGGAGGUCAUGCCGGUGAAUAGCCUAAACCUGGAGACCUCCACGGCCACCGUCCAGGGCUCCACCUUCGAGGUGCCCAAGCGGUACCACAUCGAUGAGCCCAUGAGCCAUGGCGCCUAUGGCAUUGUGGUCUCAGCCGAAGAUCAGGAGCUGGAGGAGAAAGUGGCGCUCAAAAAGAUCGAGGGCGUUUUCGAGCACAUCACCAUCGCGAAGCGCACCUUGCGGGAGCUGCGGAUCCUCCGACAUUUGCAGCACGAGAACCUCAUGCAGGUGAAGAACAUCUUCAUGGUCGGUUCGAGAGAUUCUUUCAAGGAGCUUUAUGUGGUCUCCGAACUCAUGGAGACAGAUUUGGCGUCCACUCUUAGGUCAUCCCAGAUGCUCACCGAUGAUCAUUGUCAGUUUUUUCUGUACCAGAUCCUCCGCGGCAUGAAAUACGUCCAUUCCGCGCAGGUGAUUCAUAGAGAUUUGAAGCCCAGAAACUUGCUGGUGAACAGCAACUGUGACUUGAAGAUCUGUGACUUUGGAUUGGCACGGGUGCGGUUCUCCGACAAGGAGUGGGUCUGCCCCAUGACCGAGUACGUUUGCACUAGAUGGUAUCGAGCACCUGAGGUGCUGUGCUCCUGGACGGACUACUCUUGCGCGAUUGACAGCUGGUCCAUCGGCUGCAUCUUGGCCGAAAUGCAGACGCGCAAGCCACUUUUUCCAGGGCGUAGCACCCAGAAUCAGCUCGAUAUGAUCAUCGACCUCCUGGGAUCUCCGGACUCCAAGGAGCUGAUGAAGAUCCCUAACGAGAAGUGUCGGAAGUUCAUCAAGUCACUCCCUGUGAACGAAUCCAAGAGCUUUCCAGAGGUCUUUCACAUGAUGCCGGAACCCGCGCAGGACAUCUUGAGAAAGAUGAUCCGGUGGGAUCCAGGCAGCCGCCUCAGUGUAGAAGAGGCCAUCAUGCACCCUUACUUGGACAAGCUUCACUGCCCAGAGGAUGAGCCAACGCGAGAUCCGCUUGACACCACGGAUUUUGAGUUUGAAAGGCGGAAGAUCACCUUACCCGCCUUGAGGGAGGAAAUCUUUAGAGAAGCUCUAGAGCACCAUCCAGACAUCAAAGAGCUGUAUGAGCAGGAGCUGAAGGCUGGCCGAGAGAAGCGGCAUGACAUCACUCAGUAUCGGCUGCUGGUGCCCGGGGAGUCCCAGUACUCGUCAGAUGAGGAAUCCGGCGAGGAUAUUUGACGAGCACCGCCCCCCGGAACCGGCGCAGCAGAGCGUGCGUCCGUGACCAUGGGCGUCCGUUACCAUCG